AUGUUCCCAACAUUAUUACUCUCUAAUAUUAUCUCUCUCCUCCCUUUGUCUAUAUCUAAAGUUUUCUCCCACGUCGCUGGUAUACCCACCUCUCUCUCUCUCUCUCUCUCUCUCUCUCUCUCUCUCUCUCUCUCUCUCUCAUUUAAUAACUUGUGGUUUCUUUUUGUUGUCUUUCACUCAGCUAAACUUCCCUUUCAUUUUCUCUCAUUCUUUCGUUAUCUAACUUUCGGUUUAUCUACUUUUUCUUUCGCUAUCACUUUCUUUCUAUCAAUUUCUUUCUUUGUUUUACACUGUGGUUUUCUUUUUUCCACCGCACUCCGGAAUAUCUAUCUCUUUGUAUUCAUACACGUUUUGGCCUCUCAAGCCUCCCGUUUCUUCUUCUUCUUCUUCUUCUUCUUCUUUGUAACUAUAGCUCGGCUGCUCCCCUUCUUCUUCUUCUUCUUCUUCUUCUUCUUCUUCUUCUUCUUCCUCCUCCUCCUCCUCCUCCUUCUCCUCCUAGGCUCAUUCAUCCUUUUCUUUAUUUUCUAUUCUUCUUCUUCUUCUUCUUCUUCUUCUUCUUCUUCUUCUUCUUCCAGCAUGCUUUCUCUUCAAAGCUUCCUUAGUCGCUCAUUUUUAUUAUCUUCUUUGAAUUCUGUUUCAUCAUCAUCAUCAUCAUCAUCGGCGUCUUUUGAUGUUGACUUUUCCUUUCUUUUUUUCCUUUUCUUCUUUUACUUCUUCGCUUACUGUUUCUUUUUACCUUUUCUUCCCCCUUUUCUCCUUUUCCCUCUCUCAAAGUUUUACUCUUUUUACUUAUAG